UUGCCUUUCAAAGUUCCCUAGAUCUCAGCAAGAAUGCGCCGUGCGACAAAUUGACUGGAUCCAAUACGGCUCCGCUUAUUAGCCUAUCCUAACUGAGUGCGAAGCUGUGAUUUUUAUAUUUUCAAUCGUUGUAUUAAUCGGUUACCUCUGGCUAUUUAUGCCAUGAAAGACACAAUUGCACGCCAGUAAAAUAAAACUCGAAUUUAAACGUGUCUUUGCAAUUUAGUGAUUUAAUUGACACGAGGACUCUUUGAUUGUUAAAGAAAGGAAUAUACUCCCUGGAGGAAGAUGAUUGGCUUCGGGCAGAUAUUGACGGAAAUCGGAGAGUUCGGGACUUUUCAGAAGCGGCUGCUUGUGGCGAUAUGCAUACCCAACAUCUUCUCUGCUUUUCACAUGUUCUGUCAGGUUUUCACCGGUCUUUCUUUCUCCCAUCACUGCAACACGGACUGGAUCUUGAACGUUGGCCCUAAUCUGACUUAUGAAAAAGUAUUAAACCUGACUGUCCCUUUGGACGAUGAUGGAGAGUAUGACAGCUGCAAAAUGUUUACACCUGUGGACCAAGACUUGGACACUAUUGAAAAGUACGGGCUCAACAGCACGACCAAUUGCAUCGACGGAUGGAGAUUUUACGCACCUGAAGGAACCACCUCUAUAUUAACUGAGUUCAGUUUGGUGUGUGAAAAUGGUGGACUGAACGAGGCCUCACAAUCCAUUUACAUGGCUGGACUCCUGGUCGGAGCCCUGGUGCUGGGGCCGAUGGCAGACAAAUAUGGCCGGCGGUUUGUCGUUUUGUUGUCCCUGCUCCUGCAGUUCUUCUUUGGUGUUGGUGCAGCCUUCUCUCCAAACAUAUACGUCUAUAUCGGCCUGCGAUUUGUUGUGGGUGUCACAAUAUCAGGGAUUGCCAUAAAUGCAUUUGUCCUAGGGGCUGAGUGGUGUGGCACCUCCAAGCGUGCCCUCUUCACCAUCCUGUCGCACUGCUGCUACGCACUCGGCCUCAUGCUGAUGUCCGGCAUCUCCUACGGCGUCAGAAACUGGAGGCUUCUGCAGCUGGUGCUUUCCGCCCCUGUCGUUCUACUGGGUGUGUAUUAUUGGAUCCUUCCAGAAUCAGCUCGUUGGCUCCUUACACAAGGCAGACAAGAGCAAGCGCGGAAAGAAAUUCAGAACGUUGCUCGGGUGAAUGGAAGAAAUGUCCCAGAAUCUCUGCUAGAUAAGCUGGAGGCUGAGAACACGGCCAAAACUGGCAACAUGUUGGAUCUCUUCAGAAUAGCCUACUUGAGAAAAAGAGCUCUCAUCAUGAGCUACAUCUGGUUUGUAACCAGCCUGGUCUACUACGGGGUGAGCCUAAAUGUGGGCAACUUUGGCAUGGAUAUAUACCUCACGCAGCUCAUAUUUGGCAUCGCAGAACUUCCGGCCCGCCUGGGCUGCUUCCCCCUCAUCGAGCGCUUUGGGAGAAGGAUCUGCCAGAGCAUAGCUCUCUUUAUUGGAGGGACGGCAUGCCUGAUAAUUCCUGCCAUCCCAGAAGACCUUCCCAUCGUGGUGACGGUGAUUGCUGUGUUGGGAAAGUUUUGCCUGGCUGCCUCCUUCACCAUUGUGUAUGUGUACACAGCUGAACUCUACCCUACGGUGAUGAGGCAGAGUGGUGUGGGGCUGAACUCCAUGUGUGCGCGCGUGGCCGGCAUCCUUGCGCCCCUGAUCGGGCUGCUGGGGGUGUACCACAAAGCCAUCCCCAUGAUCAUCUAUGGCUCCCUCCCGUUCUUGGGAGGGGCGCUCUGUUUCAUGCUCCCUGAGACCCUCAACAAAGAGCUGGCAGACCACGCCGACCCAGAACAUAACCAGCAAAAACAUGAAAGUGUAGGCCUACCUUGCAGUGGUGAAGAGGAGAAAACACUUCAAACUACCAAAAUGUGAAGACACCAGAUCAUGUUUUAAUGGACAAUUAAGUAAUAAUGUACUUAAAAUGUAUAUUAUUGAUUUAAAAUGUCACUUAAAUAUGAAAUUGAAAUUAAUG